AUGGAGGCCUCCCUUCCAUACCACGAGCCAGGAAUCAUCACGAUCCUUAUCCAGGCAUCCUUCCUCCUUGUCCUCAAUGUCGCCAAUUUUGUGCUCGAUCAUAGUGUUUACUGCGGUCUCCUUGGACAGAUAUUCGUAGGAGUUGCCUGGGGAACACCCGGAGCCAAAUGGCUGAGCGCAGAAGUUGAGCAUGUUGUUGUCCAAUUAGGCUAUCUUGGAUUGCUGCUCUUGGUCUACGAAGGUGGCCUGUCGACCUCUCUAAAGGCCCUCUGGGCCAAUCUUUGGCUAUCUUCAUGUGUUGCCAUUACUGGUGUCAGCGUGCCCAUGGGCCUCUCUUUCGUCCUCCAGAAGCUCAGUGGCGCGACCCCUCUCCAGGCGUUUGCUGCUGGUGCAGCAUUGUGCUCUACAAGCCUUGGAACGACAUUCACGGUGCUUCGAUCAACUGGUCUGAUCACGUCCAGGCUUGGCAUCGUGCUCACAAGUGCCGCCAUGAUGGAUGACGUCGUCGGUCUUAUCAUGGUCCAGAUCAUCUCCAAUCUGGGAUCAUCCGCCUCCGAAAUCAGUGCCGUCACUAUCGUUAGGCCACUCCUAGUAUCCAUCGCCUUUGCCGGGUGCGCUCCUCUCGUUUGCGUCUUCAUGGUUAAACCGCUCACGCUCUGGUUGAACUCUUGGCGGAUAAAACAUCCUCAAGGUCUUAUCAAUCAACUUCUUAACAAAAGGGGAACACCAUGGAUCAUCCACGCUUCCGUUUUAAUUGGCUGUAUUGCUGGGUCAACAUACGCAGGUACUUCUAACUUAUUUGCUGCCUAUAUUGCGGGUGCGGCCAUCAGCUGGUGGGACUCUGAAGUAUCCCAUCCUGCUAGUGAGAAGACAGCAACGGGAACACCACCUCCAGUGCAAGACCAGACUGCUGGACGAUCAGAAGCAGACAAUUCGAGGACUUCUGAGCCUGUACCAGAGCCCAAGCAACUGGAUACAUCUGGAAUCGCCAUUUUCGAAAGAUACUAUUUGCAGCCACUUGAUAGGGUUUUGAAGCCAUUCUUUUUUGCAUCAAUUGGUUUCUCAAUCCCCAUUACCGAGAUGUUCAAGGGCUCCAUCGUGUGGAAAGGGAUUGUAUACACCACUCUAAUGAUGGUCGGCAAGUUAUUAUGCGGUGUCUGGCUCCUCCGCAUUUCCGUAACAUCCCUUCUACCUACUAAAUUAUUAGCCUUUAUCAAGCAUCCUAAAUUACAAAUGGCACAUUUCUGGGGACGAAUUCACGAAAAGCCUAAGGCGUCCCUCCAGGAACCCUCGCAAUCAUCGCAAUCAGGCCGAGAGGCGACCACGCAAACGGCAGCCUCGCAUUCUAACCCUGCGGGAACUAACCCGCGAUCAAUUUACCCUGCCUCAAUUUUAGGCUGCGCAAUGACUGCUCGUGGCGAGAUUGGUUUCUUGAUUUCAUCCAUCGCGGAGAGUAACAAGAUAUUCUCUUCGCCACAAGCCAAGGAUGGAAAGAGCUCGGAAAUAUUUCUCAUUGUUACGUGGGCUAUAAUGUUGUGCACGAUCCUGGGCCCUUUGUCGCUGGGACUAACAGUCAGACGAGUGAAGAAGCUGCAGCAGGGCGUUGAGAAGCAGGGUCACCUUGUUCAGAAAGAUGUGCUUGGUGUCUGGGGCAUGUCUUGA